AUGGCAUACGCGAACUUAAAGGAGGCAGAUAUAAUCGACCUCACCAGUCCUCCACCACCCCUGGAAUCUGUUGUUUUUGAUUCCGAUACUGAGUUUGAUCUUGAUGUGUCUACUUACGACUUCGAAAAAUUUCCAAGAGAAACGCAGAGGAAGAAGUUCAACAAGAGCUUGGGAGGAACCGACGGUGGCGGCCUCAAUAAAAUGGCGACAACGGAUAUGAAUCCGCCAGAAUUGAAUACAUCUGGGAGACAUGGGAAGCGGAAAAGAGAGAUUGAUACGCACAAUCGAGAAAUGGAUCAUGACUUGCAGAGACGCCGUGUAGAAAGUACACAACUCGAAUCUCCAAAACCGCCUCACGCGAACAUAUUUUUCGUCGACGUGCAACCCACACCCUUAGAUAUUAUGCCUCCGUCUACCUUUCCACAGGAGGAACCUGCAAAGAAACUGCUGCUACCCGCUCAUGUAACCGUGUUUGGAACAACGCCUGCUGAGAUUUUACCCGAAUCGAUUGCUGAGGAAGACGAAGAUGACUUCAUAAACUAUCUGGAUUUAGACGAUACCAGGACGCUAGUUCGAUACUAUGAGAGUCCACCCACUCCUGCCUCAGUGUUAACUAGUCAUGCCCGAAUCGACGUUUGGCACGCUCAGCCUCCUCGAGGCAAAGAAUGCCCAACAUGGUGGCGCAUUUACGAGUAUUUGACCGAGGAUGAAAGACUCGAUUCUCUGGAUGCACGGCGGAGAAGAAAAGGCUUAGCUCUAGGUCAGGGCGACGAAGGAUACGUAGCCGACGACGAGUGGUGCUAUCGUUGUGGAAGUUCUGGCCAUUGGGGUGAUGAUUGCUGUGAACAAGAAACUUACGAUCAACCAGUGGAGCCGUCGGCGUUUAGUUCAUAUAACCUUACUUCCGGACCCUUCGACACUUCUCGACAGAAAGAACAAGCCUUUAUAUCAAGAAAUCGCGAGUUUCGAGAGUCUGAACUGGCUUCUGAUUGGGGUGCAAAUGCUCCUGAACUUGUCGGUCGACGAGCUAAAAAGAAAGCAAAGGCAGCUCUCGAGCAAACAGCUCGGAAGCAGCAAGAGGCCGAAAAUGAUUCCGACAAUUGGUUUGAGACUGCCAAGAAGCAUAGCGGCGAAAUCCAGCAUCCACCUCAAAAGGUUCCCAAGAAAUUAUCUUUUGGAACUUCAUUGCGAGGGCCGCCACUCUAG